AAGGAGUACUACGUGAAAAAAGCCUUCUCGAUAGUAUCACCAUCAGACGAGCACGUGAUUAGAGGAGAACCAGUUACGGUGAAAGAUUUUGUGACUUAUGGGAAAUGCUGCUGUAAAGGAAAGUUGGUGGCCGAAAUGUCAUUACCGAAGACUGGCUACUUGCCGGGUGAAACGGUUGUUGGUAGCAUCAAAGUCGGAAACAAAUAUCCAAAGGAUAUAUUGCAACAUAUGGAGGCACGACUAGUUGAUCGAGUUGUUCGUAUUGGAGGACCAGAAAAGUCGUCUACAUCUCCGUAUCGAACACUUUUCUGCAGAAGAAUCGAAAUUCCAGAAUUAGUAAAAGCGAAUCGAAAGCUUCAAAACGAUGAUCUUAACCUUCUUACCAUACCUGCGGUAUGCCCCUCCACAAAAGGUUGGUAA